CCGUGGUUUUCUGCGUACGUAAUUUAUGGAUGCCCCCUUACCGCUUUUAAGUACGCCGAUGAAUUGUACUGACACUUACCCAUGCUGACUGCCAGCGCUAAACGUUCGAUAUACUAAUUCUGAUUUGCUUCCACUGAAGUCAUUAAAACCAUAAUAUUUUUUGGAUUAUCGAUCGACGAUGUGGAACUUUGAGGGCAACGAUGGAACUGAUAAGAGUUGACUGAUUACCAUUCUGGAGAGAGCUGUGUGUGUUGACAACUGUAACGGUGUUUUGAUAAGAGCUGUCUUGUGUGUUUUCCUGAUCUGACUGCUGCAUCAGAUCAUCCUUUUCUUACAUAUCCACAUGUUAACUUAAGAUGGAGACCCCGAUGGGAUCAGAUAACGGACAUGGAUUGUCGGACGGUAGUGAGACGUCGCGUGUUACAUCCAGCGGCUUUUUCGGUGGUCGACGACGUGCUUACAUUGGAGUGGCCAUUCUGUUCUUCGUCAAUCUGCUAAACUAUAUCGAUAGGUUUACCAUUGCCGGAGUUUUGGAUGACAUUCAGGACUAUUACCAUUUGUCCAAAGCGCAGCAGGGCCUGUUACAGACUAUCUUUAUUGUCAGCUACAUGCUGCUGGCUCCGCUGUUCGGUUAUCUGGGAGAUCGCUAUUCCAGAAAGUUUCUCAUGUGCAUUGGAAUUUUCUUCUGGUCACUGACAACACUUUUGGGAUCAUUCAUUCCCGAAGGGUUAUACUGGUUAUUCUUCGUGAUCCGCGGCUUGGUGGGCAUUGGUGAAGCAUCCUAUUCCACAAUCGCUCCGACAAUUAUUUCGGAUCUCUUCACGGAUAAAAUGCGUUCGCGCAUGUUGGGAGCGUUCUAUUUCGCCAUUCCCGUUGGCAGCGGUUUGGGCUUCAUGAUCGGCUCAUCAGUGGCGAAAGCGGCUGGCGGAUGGUGGUGGGCAUUGCGGGUUACGCCCGGAUUCGGAUUUCUUGCUGUAUUCCUGAUCGCUUUUCUGCUGCAAGAUCCCCCGAGAGGUAGUGCAGAAGGCGGCACCAGCAUUGAACCCACACCGUGGUCGCAAGAUUUGAAAUCUCUAGUUAUUAACCGUAGUUUCAUAUGGUCUACGAUGGGCUUCACUUGUGUGGCUUUCGUUGCCGGAGCAUUAUCGUUUUGGGCGCCUCAGUUCAUGAUGUACGCCGUCAGACUGAAUUCUGGCGAUCCCACGGUGGAUCAAACAUCUGUUUCGUUUACAUUCGGAAUCAUCACGUGUUUUGCGGGAAUCGUGGGAGUGGGCUUGGGUAGUUUUGCGUCGCAGAAACUGAGGAGUAGAUCCGUUCGAGCCGAUCCAUUAAUUUGUGCAACGGGAAUGUUGGCAGCAGCGCCAUUCCUGUAUUUUUGCAUUUUAUCAUCACGAUAUUAUCCUAGUUUGACUUGGGCCCUGGUAUUCUUUGGAGAAACGCUAUUAUGCCUUAACUGGCCGAUCGUUGCCGACAUGGCGCUGUAUGUUGUUUUGCCCCCUCGGCGGUCCACAGCAGAAGCCUUUCAGAUCUUGGCCAGUCACACCUUAGGGGACGCUGUGAGUCCUUAUAUUGUGGGUGCUGUAUCCGACGCUGUCAAAGCAUUGCGACCCUGGGAAGGUGAUUCUAACUGGAACAACUGGAACAGUUUGCAGGACGCCUUGUACGUGACAACGUUUGUCUGCGUUAUCGGAGCCCUAUGCUUCGUGAUAACAUCAUGGUACGUGGAGAAAGAUAAGCGGGAUGUGGAUGUUGCCAUCAGUGAAGCAGCCUUUGUGUCCAGCGCGGUAACUUUAUCACAAAGCGGGAACGGAUCAAACUACGGAGCGGAAGUUAACACAGUCAGGAGUACGUGAGCCGGCGUCGCUCCUUAUGAUGGCAUUUAAAUGCCAUCUGCUCCACAGUUGUGAUAGUUUUUCCAGAUUCCUUGUUAGGACGGUGAUUUUAUUAUUUAAUUGUGUAAUAUCUUUUGUUAACAUUUAUGAAUGGCACCUCGCGAUCGGCGUUAAAUAUACGUCAUGAUCUCCUUAUCUACUCUGUAUUUUGUGAUUUUCUGGCGUGUUCUGAGAUGCGCGGUGUGCUAUCUGCUGAAUAUUUUUUAUGCAUAUUGUUCAAAUCGUCAAAAAAUAUUUUCACCUCCAAAUUAAUUUUAUCGACUUUAUGGGCAUUCGUUAGGCUCAGCACAGCGAUUUUGUAAUU